CUCGUGUAAUAAACCCACCGGUAUCCAAUAUGAGUUUUCACAAACUUUUCAGGUUUUGCAGAAAAAUUAUAGACUUUAAUGCUUUUCAGUGUCGUUUAAGCAGAAAAUUGUCAACAAAAGAGGUUCAAGAGGAUGGAUUUAUCCAGUGUCCUGAGAGGGUGUUUUCUGGUAUCCAGCCAACAGGGGUUCCACAUUUGGGCAACUAUGUUGGGGCUAUUAGUAACUGGGUUAAACUACAGGAGGAGGGAAACAGUAUGAUGGUAAGCAUUGUGGAUCUUCACUCCAUCACCGUUCAGCAGGAUCCAGCUGAACUCAGAGAGAACAUCCAGACCAUGGCAGCCUGUCUGCUGGCAUGUGGUAUAGACUCAGACAAGACCAUACUCUUUCAACAGUCUACAGUACCGCAGCAUGCAGAGCUGUGUUGGAUCCUGAGCUGCCUGUGUACACUUCCGCGUCUCGAGCAUCUACCACAGUGGAAGGAUAAGUCGAAGCGUGUAUCAGAUCCGAAGGUUGGACUGUUCACCUACCCCAUCCUACAGGCAGCUGAUAUUCUCCUCUACAAGUCCACAUUAGUGCCCGUGGGCGAAGAUCAGAUCACCCAUCUAGAGCUAGCACGGGACCUCGCCCGAUCUUUCAAUAGGAAAUAUGGGCUUAUCUUCCCUAGGUGCUCCCAACUUCUUGGUGAUGUUGCAAAAAUAAGAUCUUUGAAAGAUCCUAGCAGUAAAAUGAGCAAGUCUGAUCCCAACCCUAUGUCCAGAAUAGACCUUUCUGACUCUCCUGAUGAAAUAUGUGACAAGAUAGGCAAGGCUGUCACUGACUCCCUCUCAAAGGAUAUAACUUAUGACCUUGACCUUCGACCAGGGGUCGCGAAUCUUAUUGACCUUCAUUCAUCAUUGACGGGUCAGAGUGUGGAAGAAAUAGUGAAAUAUGUUCAAAAUCAAGGAAUGAAUAAGAAAACUUACAAAGACUAUUUGGCGAGUGUAGUAAAUGAUAAAGUUCAGCCAAUGAAUGCAGAGAUGAAUAGAUUGCUUAGUGACAGAGGUCAUUUGAACUCAGUAUUGAAGAAUGGACAAGAUAAAGCCUCUUCAAUUGCUGUAAAUACAAUGUCUGAUGUGAUGAGUUUAGUUGGCUUUAGAUGAUGUUUUUUGUGCUUUUAAUAGUGGUUUUUCUUCAAUAAUAAAUGAUUGAAUAUGUAGGAAGUUUUUUCUAGGUGACCUGAGCAUAACUUGACAGGUCAUUGUCUAAAAUCUGUCAAGGAUCAUGUACAGGCCUUGUCAAUAUUAUCAGGGUUCCACAUUUCACCAUAGUCAAAGGACUGUCCCGUUACGCCCCUUGCAUGUCAAAGGCAGCACCCAUGAAGACAUUCAGAGAGGACAAAGGCCCCUGCACCUCCUGUGGUUUAAGCAUUUUAAGAAAAUAAAGA